UGGUUUUGUUGCUAAUUUCGUAUAUAUAUAUCUGUAUAUAUUUUAACCUAACUUAAAUCUUACAAUCUCACAUUUGUUUUUGAUUUUGUUUGCUUACAGUUUUUAAAAUCAAUUAAUUUUAAAUGUCGACCGAUAAUAAUAUAAGGAAUAAACGAAAACGCAAGAAAACAUUUUUGCAAAAUGCUAGAAAGUAUGCGAAAAAGGGAUAUUAUGGAAGAGGUUCACAUAUGGAUGCAGAUAUGUAUCAGUAUUUUGUACGUAUUUUGGAAGUUUUUAAACAGGGAUUUGAAAAUAAUGAUGAUAAAGCUGUCUUUGUAGAUAAUGUUUUUGAACAAACUGAAAAUAAGGAAAUGGAAUGUUCCUGUAAUCAGGUUGGAUGUAGAGUUAUAGAAAUGCUUUUACCAUUUGCUAGUGACGAUAUUAUCUUAAAAUAUUCUGAAAAGUUUAGUGCAGAUAUUCGGCCCCUUAGUAAAGAUAGAUUUGCAAGUUUUGUUUUACAAGCUCUAGUGAAAGUAUCCUGUGGAAAAUAUUUUGAUAAUAGUGUUUCACAUGAACAAAAAGAGAAAUUCAAAAGUUUUGCUGUAAAAACUAGUAAGUUUUUGUUAAAUAAUUUGGAAGAUUAUAUAUGGGACACUUAUGGAAACCACGUGAUAAGGACCUGUUUAUGUAGUUUACUUAAUAUACAUUUAGAAGAUAAAAAACAGAAGGGUUUAGAAAAUGUUUCUAGUAUAAUACAGAAUGAAUGUGACAUUCCUGAGGAAUUUAUAGAAAUUGUUAAAGAAUAUGCACAGAGAUUAAUAAUAUGGCCACAGUUUGGUGAACUCUGUAAUUCCGAACAAACAUCUGGAUUUUUACAAGUUUUAUUGAAGGUACUAAAAAAGACAGAUUCAAAGUUAUUGAAAAAAUAUUUGGAUAAGAUUCUUGAAGAAAAUUUCCUUGGUGUACAGUCAGAUAUAAAAUCUGAAAAUCUACCUCAAGGUUUUAUGUCAGUAAGUCUCUUGAUGUUACUGGAAACUGCAAUACAAGUUGCAGGGAAAAAAUCGCUCAAUAAAUAUAUUAAGAAAUUGUUUUCAAAUAAUUUGCUGAAACUAGCAUUGAUGAGAAGUACUAAUUUUGCUGUUCAGAAGAUUUUAACUUCUUGUAUCAACAGGGAACAGUUUGAUCCACUUUUUGAUGAAUUAGCUGAUCACAUGUGGGAAAUAAUAGAGAAGGGACAUCCAGCAGUGAUUUUAGCACUUGCACAGGGUUGUAAAAAGUUAUCAACUAAGCAAGGAUCUUUUAUACAGGGUCUUAUGAAAGCUUUAAAUUGUUUGGAACCUGAGGAAAAUCAAAAUAAUUUUGCUAUCUGCACCUCCUUUUUAAUACGGUAUGAUAAAAAAAAUCCUGUACCAACUGACAACUUACAAAAAGAAAAAUUAAACCUUCAAGGAACUCUGAUUUUACAACUUAUGUUGGAAUUUAAUAAACCUAUCAAAAUUAUCAACAGUCUUCUGAGUUUAACCCCAAACGAUUUAAAAGGCUUAUUUUCAAAUACUAUGGGAAGCCAUAUAGUUGAUUCCUAUAUGAAAAGUGUUUAUGUUGGCGAAAAAAGUCGUGAAAAGUUAGUUAGAAAAAUGCAGGGUACAUAUCAAGAUCUGGCAUCGUCUAAAUAUGGUUCAAGAUCUUUUGAAGCUAUUUGGAAUGUGGCUAACAUGAAAUCAAAAAUACAUAUUAUGGAAGAGCUGUCACAUAGGGAUGGAUCUUGGGCAAAUACAGAGUAUGGUAAAAUAAUAUCAUCUAAAAUAAAUCUAGUUCUAUUUAAAAGAAAUAAAGAAAGCUGGAAAAACAGUCUUAAUAAAGUAGCAACAGCAGAGGAAGUGUUAGCUGAUGUUUUGAAAUAGUUUUAAAAUAAAAUAUUUCUUGUUAUA